CCACUUGGCGUCAUCAAUGCACCAUUAUGCUGUUUGUCAACGUCCGCACAGCAUUAAGAAUAAGAAGUCGAACAAGAAGAAGCAGAAGAACAAGUUGUGAAAACGGCAACACCCGAAAAUGUUGAAGAAGAAGAAGGAGAAGGAGAAGAAGAAGAAGAAGAAGAACAAGAAGAAGAAGAAGAAGAAGAAGAAGAAGAAGAAGAAGAAUAAGAACAAGAACAAGAAGAAGAAGAACCACACAGCACAGCUCUGCACAGCACAGCUGGCGACGGUUAGACAUAGAGGAAAGCCGGGAUCUAGGAGAAAUGCCGAGGUCGGCUAGCGGAAAUGAGUACAGUCCACAACAUAGAAAAGUGAGAAAAAGAAGAAACGUUUCCAAGAUGAAAACUUAUCCAUCUGGGGAAAACACACUGGAGAGGCUGCCACCUGAGAUUCUGAUUAAGAUUCUGUCUUACCUGGAUGCUUCAUCCCUGUUUUGCAUCAGCCAUGUUAACAAACUCUUCCACAAGCUUGGCAACAAUGAUGACAUGUGGCGAAGGAUUUACAUGUCAGAUUUUGGGAGAUAUAUUUGGAAGCCAAAGUCAGAUGAUGCUGUGUUUAAGGAGGACCCAGUGGAGGUGGAGACUCAAUCCAUGGACCACUGGAAGAAGUGCUACUUCAGGACUGUUGCCGGACAAGAUAUCAGCAAAUGGUUAAGAAAGCUGAAAGACACCAAACCCCGCACCGGGCUACCCAUACUGACUGAGUGUGCCCUCAGGAACAUGAAUGUCAAGUGGGAGCUAACGGUGGCUAACCGGUGGGGCCACAAGAUCACGCAAGAGCAGAGCCAAGCAUACUUCUUAGACUCCUCAGUGGUUGUCCAUUGGAGCUCACCCAACUUCCCUGCAUACUGUGACAUCAGCAACAUCCAGCUACAUGGAGUCAGGAAGGAUACACAAGCCACAAAGCCUGGCUGGUGCUCUCUAAUUUUAAAGCUGGACAUGAGCAUUAUGCGUGGUUGGUUGAUCAGCCAAGACAAAUUGAUCUGUUUGAGGCAUCUGUCAUCAGGAGUCCUCAUUGGUGUCUGGAGGGGUAAUAAGAGGGUGGCCUUCAUCAUGGCCUGCCUGCACUUCCACAAGCUGGUGCAAAAGAGCCUGCUGGGAACUCCAUGCAUCCCAUACUCUGAGCCUGUGGACCGACUGCCUUUGAAUGACUCGGACCCUGAGCCAGGGCUGCACAACUACAGUCUGAACUUUGUCCUGCACAGCAGCAACACUAAGUUCAUGACAGGAUACUACCACGAGCUCUCUUGCCACAAUGCUCAGACCCAGGAGGGCAUGGUGGAGCUGAGGGUCAUCCGCUUUUCCAAAUUGUUCCAGCACAAACUGCUGUGUGGAAACGCCGAGCUGCUGUGGAAGAGCGAGAUGCUGGAGGGUGCAUUGGAGAACUGCUGCAUAAUGACACUGACUCUACAGGAUGAGUGUCAAAAACCAUUCUGGUGCAUCAGCACACCGAUUGCCAUCAAGAAAGUGAAGUCAAAGGCUUCUGACUACAGCGAGAGUCACUUUCAGAUGAUUUACUGGGACUCAGAUGGCAAGGUAAAGGUGACUCUGGUUUGGUUGGAGGAACAGAAGAGGCUGAUGGUCAUCUCCCUCACAGUCUACAUUUCAGUGGUAAAAAUCAACAAGCGUUUUAGCACGCUAUACGGAACCUCAGCUUAACCAUUAAAGGAUAGGGACUGGUGAUUUUUUUUUUUUUUUUUUUUUUUUGUUUUUUUUUUCCACAAAUCCCAUACAGAGACUACAAAUAUUUGCCACAAUGUUUAUGUAUCCAGAACCUGGUCUAGUUUAUUUGCCUGUGCUGUACCUGAGACAUACUUCGUGCACUUCACGAUAAGGAAACCUGCAACUCAGAAAGUUGCUCAUUUAACCUAAAGUCCAAUAAUUAAAUAAGCUAACAGAGAAUCUGGAUUCAUAGACGUUAUGGUGACUACACAAUUUGUUGCUGACUUUAGUCUUUGUAUGGGGUUUGUGGAAAAUAGCAGAUGUAGACUAUACCUGAUUUAACUUCGAUAGUAAGUUUAAAGUAUUUUUGUAUUUGACUAAAUGUUUUCAAUAAACACUUUUUGCUUAAAGCUGAAGCACAAGGCAGAAUUUUAUGUAAA